UGUUCUCAUCGCCUUGCGACCGAACUACAUACCUGUAUCCACUAUAACAAUCUGCCUUCUGAACUGCUCGAAACGGGCAAUCAUACGGCGUCAUGAGGCAACAUGGGCAGUCCUCUACGAUCGUGGUAGAAUCCGCAGAGCUGGAACUACCGCCGGUCCAGCUCGAGGACUAUCGUAGCUCCAGCAAGAAACCAUCAAUCUCCGGACGCAGUUUGCGAUCAGCGGCUGAGACAUGGGACGAAGAUCGCAACGAAACACUUCCUGCACCGACUACUGCAGCACCCGAAGAGUCAGAAAGCUGGAACUCCUCGACGGGGACCAUCUGGAAGGUCAGUGCCGCAUUCUGGUCUUUCGCCGUCAUGGGCCUGAACGAUGCAACAUAUGGCGCCAUUAUUCCCUACCUCCAGCCAUUCUACAGUCUCCGCUAUGCCAUCGUCUCCCUGAUUUUCCUUUCGCCCUUUAUCGGCUACACCCUUUCCGCAGUUCUAAACAAUGCUAUUCACCUCAAAUUCGGUCAGCGUGGUGUGGCGUUCGUGGGGCCAUUGUGCCAUCUCCUAGCAUACAUCAUCAACGCAGUCCAUCCUCCCUACCCCGUCCUGGUCAUCUCCUUCAUUCUGGCAGGCUUCGGCAACGGCCUACUCGACGCCGGUUGGAACGCAUGGAUUGGUGCAAUGCUCAACGCCAACGAGAUUCUUGGCUUUCUGCACGCCUUCUACGGCCUAGGAGCCACCAUUGCUCCUCUCAUCGCAACAGCAAUGAUCACGCGAGCCGAUUUGCCAUGGUACUACUGGUACUACUGCAUGAUAGGCUUUGCAGUCGCAGAACUAGCAAUCUCCCUCUACGCCUUCUGGGAAGACACAGGCGCCAAGUUUCGCGAACGCAAUGCGCGGACGUCCGAUGAGACAGGCUCUCGACUACGUGAAGCCACGAUGAAAAUGCCUGCAGCACGAAUCACGUGGCUCUGCGCGAUGUUUUUGCUCGGUUAUGUCGGCGUCGAAGUGGCUCUGGGGGGAUGGAUUGUCGAAUUCAUGAUCAAAGUGCGCGAUGCCGAAAAGUUUGCGGCGGGGAUGAGUGCGACUGGUUUCUGGCUCGGUAUGACUGUGGGAAGAGUGAUACUCGGCUUCGUCACUCCUCGCAUUGGCGAAAAGUUAUCGAUCAUGCUCUACCUCCCAAUCGCCAUCGGACUUCAACUCCUCUUCUGGCUAGUCCCCCAAUUCUACGUCUCAACCGUAGCAGUCGCACUUCAAGGCUUCUUCCUUGGGCCCUGCUUCCCAGCAGCCGUCGUGGCAUGUACGAAACUGCUACCCAAACAUCUCCACGUGAGCAGUAUAGGCUUUGCUGCAGCGUUUGGAGGAAGCGGGGGAGCGAUUUUCCCGUAUGCAGUGGGAGCGAUUGCACAAGCUAAAGGUGUGCAAGUGUUGCAGCCGAUUAUUCUAGCUCUGAUGGCGGUGAUUUGGGGUUUGUGGGUGAUGUUGCCGAGGAUGAAUAAGAAGCAGGAUUGAAUCAAGAAGUUGACAAGUGCACGGUUUUGACCACACUAAUGCC